AUGUCGACGCUCUUCCAGAGCUACGAGGAGGAGUACCGCGACGUCGUCAAAAACGUCCGCGAGGGCCUCGACGAGCUGCGCGCGACGCUCAACCGCGAGGCGGACGGCUACGCCGCCGCGCCGGCCACCGGCCCUGCCAGUCGCCUGCAGCGCGGCGCGCAGCUCGUGCGGCUGACGGUGCAGCUGAAGGAGCUGCUGAACAAUAUGGAGUACGAAAGCAACGACGUCCCUCCCGCGCAGCGGGCGGCGUUGCGGGAGCGGCUGGCGGAGUAUCGAAGGGACGCGCGUGGGUUGGAGGAGGAGAUCGCAAAAACGCGUGCUGAGUGUGCCGCCGCCGACCGCGCGGACCUCAUGGGCGCCUCGGCGACGGCCGGCCCGGCCCCGGUGCAUGCCAGGGCCUUGGGCCUCGACGAGGAAACCGCCAAGCACCGCCUGCACAUGAUGCAGAAUACGGAGCGGGUGAAGCAGGCCUCGAGCAAGUUGGGCAGGGCAGAGCGGCUGCUGAACGACACGGAGGAGACCGGGGCGACGGUGAUGCAGGGCCUGCGCACCCAGACAGAGACGAUGCAUCGCAUCAACGCCACCACAAAUAGCGUCAAUGAGGAGAUCUCAGAGGCGCGCAAGAUCCUCACCCAAAUGCACCGGACGAUGAUAAAACACAAGCUCAUGCUGACUGGUAUCAUUUUAGUAUUGCUCUUUCUCAUAUUUCUGGCGGUGUACCUGUCCUUUUCGAAGAAUGCAGAACAGAGGCCAGUGGAGCCGCCGCAGGCCCAAACGGAUGCUCCACAGCUACCAACAUGGACUCCUCAGGCAGGAGGUGGUCUUCCCGCUGAGUGA